AUGCCGCCAUUCGCCUUUGCCUCGCCACUGGCGCUAUCACAGCCGACUCUCCUCCCCCUCACCUUCACACGAACGAUCAAGACGCUCAACCCGAAAAUCAAGCCCUCAAGAUUCAAUGCCGGAUUCGACCUGCCCGUACUGGGCGCCUCCAAGACGGCCGCCCUCGAGCGCAAGACAUAUACCCUACCCCCUCGCACCGGAGCUCUCGCAAUCAAAAAGGGCAUGACCGCCCUCUACGACCCCGAAACCGCAAAGCGCACACCUUGCACAGUCCUCCAACUCGACCGCGUCCAAGUCGUCUCACACAAGACCCGUCAAAAGCACGGCUACUGGGCCGUCCAGAUUGGCGCCGGCGUCAAGGAGCCCAGGAAUGUGACACGGCCUGAGAGAGGCCACUUUGCCGCCAACAAGGUCGGUCUUAGCCGCCACCUCCACGAGUUCCGCGUCAAGGAUGAGGCUGGCUUGCCAGAGGUUGGCUCCGUCAUCGGUGCGGAUUGGUUCCAGGAGGGUCAGUUCAUCGAUGCAAAGGCGAAUUGCAGGGGUAUGGGUUUUGCUGGUGGUAUGAAGAGAUGGGGCUUCCACGGUCAACCUGCCAGUCACGGUCAGUCCUUGACUCACAGGACAAUGGGUAGUUCCGGUGCCUCGCAGGGUAGUGGUAGCAGAGUCUUGCCUGGCAAGAAGAUGGCCGGAAACAUGGGUGGUCAGCAAGUCACUGUCCAGAACCUCCGUGUCCUGAAGGUUGAUGCUGCCAAUGGAAUUGUCGUUGUGAAUGGAUGUGUUGCUGGCCCCAAGGGUGCUCUCGUCAAGAUCCAAGACGCUCUGAAGAAGCCGUGGCCUGAGGUUUCUGCCGCAGCAGCUGUGGAUGCGGCUGCUGAGCCAGUCCAGGCUACUGCCUAA